AUGUCUGCUACCACCUCUACCAUUGACGUUCGAGGAUAUUUAUCCGCAAGUAACUGUAUCCCGUACACAAAAUACUUUGAGCUUUUCUCCCAGGUGCUUGUACCUAUUGGGACGUCUAGUAGGAACUAUGCAA